GGGUGCGCUCUGCGCAGUAGGGCCUUAGAGGCCAGCCGGACGCGCCAUGACCGCAGGGAGUGCGUGUUGCUGGGCCGCGGGGGUCCUUGGCGUGGUCUUCCUGGCGCUCCAGUUCGACUCCAUCAGCUGUAAUUCCCCGAUGUUUGGAACUGUGAACGGGAGCGUAACUUUCCCUGUAUCAAGCUCUGUACCCUUUACAGAGAUUAUGUGGACAAAAAAUAGGGAUAAAGUCCUUGAAUGGGAAGCAGACUCUCACGUCAGAGUUUUCCCACCUUUUAAAGACAGAGUUCAUUUAGACACCACAUCAGGAAGCCUUACCAUCUUCAAGCUAACAUCUUCGGAUGAGGGGGACUAUAAACUGGAUUCUUCAAGCACUGGCGACACUUCGUUCACUCUGAAGGUGAUUGGUCCUCUUCCGUCUCCAACACUAAAUUGCACCUCGGUUGCUGAAUACAUUACAAUCAAUUGCAGGAUCCCAGAAUCUUACAAUUUCACACAAUAUUUAAACUAUUCAUGGAACUGCUUUCCGGCACUGUGUAAAAAUGGCUCCAAUAUGUCUGAAGUGUUGAUUAAGAGGAACAAUGAUCUCUCGCAGGAAAUACGCUGUACUGUUCACAGUCCGUUGUCCAAACAGACAUCCUUGCUUGUCUUAGCAACCUGUGUCCCAGAUGAGCAUUCAAGGAACAGGUUUACAAUUAUACCAGCAGUAGUCCUAGUAGCCCUAGUAGCAGGAGUAACUUUUUUGCUGUUUAAAAGAGGUUUUCCGCAACGUGGCAGAGAAACAGAGAGAACCGAAGAUGACUCAUCAGGAAGAGAGGUUGAGGAAGAGCGGAAACCGUCUCCAGGAGCCACAUGUGGCCAGGAGCAGAUAACCCCCAGAAGGAGCGACAGCUCACAUAACAGUGCUUAAGGUCUCAGCUUUAUUCUUCGGAGGUUUCAGUGACGCUCAAAGACUGGGUCGGUUUGAGGAAACGGGACUGAAUCCCCAGUUGACCGGUACUUCAAGAUGAUCAAAUGUAUAGUGACUAAGUUAUUUAAAUAAUGGAAUCAAAGGCCAUCUGAUUUGCCGUUCAAGUAUUCUGUCAUCUUCAAGGACAUUUUGGAACUCUAAUCUGAAGUGACUCUCCACUAGAAGAGUCUUUUUUUAGAAGAAAUAUCAACUAUUAACCAGAACUAGUAUCUACCCUAUCCCUGCUCUGGUCUCCAACUAGAUACUGUAAAUGGUUUUUUGAUUCUCAGUUUCUUACUGCCAAUUUUCUAUCAGAUAUACAUGUGUAAAUAUGUAAAUAUAUCCUAAAUGGUA